AAGCCUGAAGAAUCUCCAGUACCAACCCCUCGGUCCAAUGUGUCUUCACCUGGUCCUGAUUUUGAACCUUUUGAAGAUGAAGGGGCUCUUCUUGGAGACAUGGAUGACAACAUGGUGGAAGAAGAUGGGGAGGAACUUUUUGGGGAUAAUAUGGAAAAUGAUUAUCGCCCUAUGCCUCAUUUAGAUCACUAUGAUGACCGUGUUCUAGAUGAAGAAGAUUAUGAUCAAUUGUCUGUUGGGGAACGCCUUGCUGCUGAAGAGGAAUUACGAAGAAGAGAUAGGGAGAUGGGUAUAUUUCGUAGAGAUGACAGAGAGCUAUUCUAUGAUCAAAGUGAUGAUGAGGAAGAUCCCAGACAAAGAAGACGGAAGGAAGCUGAAAAAGCAGCUACUGGAGAUGUUGAAGAUACAGAUAUGAUUGAAUCUAUUGAAAAUUUGGAAGACACCAAAGGGUAUUCUAUCAAAGACUGGGUAAUAAUGAUGGGCCCUAGAACAGAAAUUGCAAAUAGAUUCAAAAAUUUUCUGAGGACAUAUGUGAACAGCAAAGGCCAGUAUGUGUACAAGGAGAAAAUCAGGAGAAUGUGUGAGAAUAAUCAGUCAAGUUUCAAUGUUGAGUUUCCCAAUCUUGCUAAUAAAGAGCAUGUUCUGGCAUAUUUCCUUCCUGAAGCACCAUUUCCUAUGUUGGAGAUUUUUGAUGAAGUUGCAAAAGACAUUGUUUUAUCUAUGUACCCUAGUUAUGAUAGAGUUACUAAUGAAAUUCAUGUGAGAAUAUCAGAUCUACCACUGAUAGAAGAACUACGUACAUUCAGAAAACUACAUGUUAAUCAACUUGUGAGAACUCUCGGAGUAGUAACAGCAACUACUGGUGUUCUGCCCCAACUCUCAAUUGUGAAAUUUGAUUGUAACAAAUGUGGAUGCCUCAUCGGUCCAUUCACGCAGUCCCAAGAAGCAGAGGUCCAGCCAGGGGCUUGUCCUGAAUGUCAAAGUCAGGGACCAUUCAUGAUAAACAUGGAACAAACCGUAUAUCGAAACUACCAAAAAAUCACACUUCAAGAAUCUCCCGGCCGUAUUCCGGCAGGUAGAGUCCCGCGUGCAAAAGAUUGCAUUCUCCUCGCAGAUCUGUGCGAUCGUUGCAAACCAGGAGACGAAGUUGAUGUUACAGGGAUCUAUACAAACAGCUACAACGGUUCUCUAAACACCGACAACGGCUUUCCGGUAUUCUCAACUGUUAUUUUUGCUAAUCACUUGCUGGUGAAAGAUUGCAAGCAAAUCGUGCAGUCGCUUACAGACGAUGACAUUAAUUCUAUUAUCAAAUUGAGUAAGGAUCAUAGAAUCGCUGAAAGGAUUAUAGCUUCCAUAGCCCCAUCUAUAUUUGGUCAUAACUAUAUUAAGAGAGCGUUGGCACUGGCGUUAUUUGGUGGGGAACCAAAGAAUCCAGGUCAGAAACACAAGAUCAGAGGGGACAUGAACGUACUUAUAUGUGGAGAUCCCGGUACUGCCAAGUCUCAGUUUCUGAAAUUCGUCGAGAAAAUUGCUCCCAGGGCUGUUUUCACCACCGGCCAGGGUGCCAGUGCUGUCGGUCUUACAGCUUACGUCAGGAGAAAUGCCGCCAGCAGAGAGUGGACCCUUGAGGCUGGUGCAUUGGUAUUGGCAGAUAAAGGAGUUUGUUUGAUCGAUGAGUUUGACAAGAUGAAUGACCAAGAUCGUACCUCGAUCCACGAGGCCAUGGAGCAACAGUCAAUUUCCAUCUCCAAAGCUGGAAUCGUUACAAGUUUGCAAGCUCGUUGCUCGGUCGUAGCAGCUUCAAAUCCCAUAGGUGGUCGCUACGAUGCCAGUAUGACGUUCGCAGAAAAUGUCAAUCUGUCAGAUCCCAUUUUGUCCCGAUUUGAUAUAUUGUGUGUUGUGAGGGAUGAGGUGGACCCAAUUCAAGAUCAACAUUUAGCGAGGUUUGUUGUCAACUCUCAUAUGCGCCAUCACCCGUCAAAAAAAGAUUUGGAAGAAUCAGAAGAACCAGAUAACGAAUUACAAAUACCACAAGAAAUGUUGAAAAAAUAUAUUGUAUAUGCCAAGGAAAACAUCCAUCCAAAAUUACAAAAUAUUGACCAAGACAAAGUGGCAAAUAUUUAUAGCCAGUUGAGACAGGAAUCCUUGGCCACUGGAAGUUUGCCCAUAACUGUCCGUCACGUUGAAAGUAUCAUCAGAAUGAGUGAAGCUCACGCAAAGCUACAUUUGAGAGAAUAUGUUCAAGAAGAUGAUGUCAAUAUGGCUGUCAGAAUGAUGUUGGAAAGUUUUGUUGAAACGCAGAAGUACAGUGUUAUGAAGACGAUGCGACAGGUGUUCCAAAGAUAUCUCCUCUUCAAGAAAGAUCAUAGUGAGCUCCUUUUCUACAUUUUGAGACAACUGGCUCAGGACCAAUUGACGUUCCAGAGGAGUACUACAGAGAUGGAGGCCCUAAGUAUAGAAGUAGAUGAAAAGGAUCUAAUUGAUAAGGCUAAACAAAUUGAUAUUCAUGAUCUGAAGCCAUUCUAUCAAAGCAAAAUAUUUGAAGUGAACAACUUUGUGUAUGAUGCUAGGAGGAAAGUCAUCAUUCAUACUGUUCCAGAAGCUAUAUCAACAGAGGAUUAA